AAUAAAUUAGCUAUUCCUUGAGAAAUUUACUAGAUCUAGCUACAGCUAAGAGUUCAUUGGGAUGAAUAAUGAACUCUUGGCUAUAUAGCUACAGGAAUAAUGAGAACGUUCCCCUCAAGAUGAUUCUCUGUUGUCUGCUAGGAAGUGCUUUCCUAGUGUAUGGUCAGCAGACUUUGACUCGACUGGCAUCACCCAAUGAGCCCAAUGCCACUGACCACACUGGAGAGAUCAUCUCGUUCUCUGAUGUUGGAUCAGGAGUUGGUACUGAUCCACGAGCCUGGUAUUGCUACACUUACAACACUGGUAGUGUAGUGUGGCAGGGUCCUGGUAUGAGUGAAUUGCCCAUAGAUAGCGCCUACAGGGAUGCAGUUGGGGAUGAACUGUUCAUCAGUGGUAUUGAAUAUACUGCCGUUAUUCUGCAUCGUGGUCCCACACACUUCAGUCCUGAUGGAGAACACUGCUGUGUGAGGAUUGCUCAAGGCCCUGCACAGAGGCUGUGUGUCACCUUCACUCCCUGCCCCACACUGAGCCCCCAGUCUAAUGGAAGGAUAUCAUAUGAUGCAACCAACAACAUGGCCACCUACACCUGUAACACUGGGUACACCAUCAGUGGAGCUACUCCAAUAACUUGUAUGAGUGAUGGUACUAGUGCUGGUACCUGGUCUCCAUCACCACCUACAGCUUGUGCACUUGUGGAUUGUGGCUCCCCACCCACCAUCGGCAAUGGCUCUCCUGGAACACCCACCUCCACAACCUACCAAGGGACAGUGACCUACACCUGUGACACUGGGUAUGAGGUCUCCAAUGGAGUCACCAUUGUAACAGCUAACUGUAUGGCUAGUGGGAUGUGGGAGACUGUAGCAACUUGUUCAGCUGUGGAUUGUGGCUCCCCUCUCUCUAUUGGCAAUGGCUCUCCUGAAACACCAACCAGCACAACUCUUGAAGGGAUGGUGACCUACACCUGUAACCGUGGGUAUGAAGUUUCCAAUGGAGUCACCACAGCAAUGGCUACCUGUAUGGCUAGUGGGAUGUGGGAGCCUGUACCAACUUGUUCACCUGUUGACUGUGGUUCCCUGGACGCCCCCUCCAAUGGAACAGUGAAAACAUCCUCUGGAACCACCUUCAUGAUGACUGCUACCUACACCUGUAACACUGGAUACAACAUUGUUGGAUCAGACACUCGAACUUGUAGGGCAGACAGAAUAUGGACUCCAGAGGUCCCUACCUGUGCACCUGUUGACUGUGGUUCCCUCACUGUUCCUAAUGGACAAGUCUGUACAUCAUCUGGAAACAUCUUUGAGAGCAUAGCUACCUACAUCUGUGAUGACGGCUACCAUCUCAAUAGAGUAACAAUUAGAACCUGUCAAGCUAAUGGAACCUGGAGCCUAACAGCACCUACCUGUGAUCCUGUUGACUGCGGUCCCCUAAAUGAAACUGCCAAUGGAGCAGUGACCACAUCCUCUGGAACCACCUUCAUGAUGACUGCUACCUACACCUGUAACACUGGAUACAGCAUUGUUGGUAGUGAGAGCAGAACCUGUGGAGCAAGUGGAACAAGUGGAGUGUGGUCAGGAGAAGCUCCAGUGUGCAACUUGAUUCCUUUGAGCAAUGGAUCAAUGAAUGUCAUUGCCAACAACUCUGUCUUAUCACUGGCGGCCAUUGGAUCCUCUGCCCUCACCUGUCAUACUGAGCUUACCACCUGCUGCAGAGGAGUGGACAACAACGGCAAUGCUCUCGGGGGGUGGAGAGGACCAAAUGGUGACAGCAUUCCUGACUCAAACACCGAUGGAUUCUACAUGUCGCGAUGUAUGAGCUCCAUUAGUCUGAAUCUUGCAGAGGGCUCCAGUGAAGUAGCUGGUACCUACUGUUGUCAAGUGCCCAGGGAGAGUGGGGCAACCACUACACAUUGUGUCAUGGUUACUGCGAGUGCAGUGGUCAAUGUUGUUGCUGUGGCUGUAGCUGGUUGGGUGGUUGCUGGAGUCUUGACCAUUGCUGUGCUGGUACUGAUUGUGGUUAUGUUGAGGCAACGGAGAUCUGGAUCCAAGGACAAGAGUGAUGAGAGGACAGGCAGUCAACCAACACAACUACCCCCAGUGGUGAUGAGUCAUCUCCCCUCCCAUGAUUACGAGGGGUUGAACAAACUACAAGAGGAGGCUGCCUAUGAGGUGGUGGACCAGCCACGCCCCCCUCCUCCUGCAGACUACCAGCUCUCAGCCUGUGCAGCUUAUGCAUCCACUGACUUCAAUUAACACAGAAAACAUUUGUCAAGUAGAGACUAUAACAACACAGACUGUCGGUCAAUUGUAUGAUAGUUUAGAUUUUGAUGUACAUGAAUUAGAAUAUGACCGGCAAGGGGAUCAUAAAAAACAUGUUUCUUCCUAAGGUUUUAUGAGGAACUUCUAUAUAUAGGACACACUUGUUCUCCAUUGUGGCUCAUACUGAUGCAUGGCUUGACGAUGUA